AAUUUUAUUACCAAUAUUAGGUCACCAUCGUCCGUUUGCGUUACUUUUCCAAACACGACAUUACUUGCAGAAUGAAUAUUCUUAGUUUGCUUGACUUUUCCAUAUGACCGACUAUAUAUACAUAUAUACAUAUUCUUCCCCCAAAAUAUUCCAAGAUUUUUUUGCAUAUUUGUGAACAUGGAACUUACAACCAAGAACUACUUUGUUAGCAGUCUAAUACUCCUCUUUCUUUUCUUUGUGGCCACCAUUCCGUUUCAUCCACAGGGUCCCGGCCUAAUAUCUAGAAAAUUUGAUGUCACCGUCGCAAGGGAAAAUCAUAAUCCAAAUAUCACACGAUUUAGUGACAAACUGGAAGAAGCGUUGUUCAGGGCUUCUACGAAGGACAAGACGGUGAUCAUAACCAUAGUGAACAAAGCUUAUGUUGAGCAGUAUCACGAUCAAUAUCCGACCAUGUUUGAUAUCUUUCUCGAGGGUUUUUGGGUUGGAGAAGAAACACAAUCUUUGCUCAAUCAUUUGUUGGUAGUUUCCAUGGAUCAAACGGCCUACAAUCGAUGUAUAUUUAGGCGGUUGAACUGCUACAGAUUAACGACCAAAGGCGUCGAUUUUGGGGAAGAAAAGCUCUACAUGUCUGAAGAUUUCAUCACAAUGAUGUGGGCUAGGACGGGUUUCCUUCUUAAUGUUCUCAAGAGAGGUUACAACUUCAUCUUCACAGAUACGGAUGUAAUAUGGCUAAGGGAUCCAUUCCCAAUACUGAAAAAUUUCAAUGAAACCAAUGACUUGCUAAUCAGUACAGACAGAUUCAAAGGCAAUCCGAGAUCCACAAAGAACCGCAUCAACACUGGAUUUUAUUACGUUACAUCUAACAACAAAACCAUAGCAUUAUUCGAAACAUGGUACGGCCGAAGAACAAAUUCAACCGGCAUGAAAGAACAAGAUGUUUUGGAAGGUUUGAUUGCGGAAGGAACUGCCACCAACAAAUUAGGUCUCACACUAAGGUUUCUGGACACCCUUUAUUUUAGUGGGUUUUGUCGAAACAGCAAUGAUGUAAGAAAAGUGAUCACGGUUCAUGCAAAUUGCUGCAAGACUAUUGGUGCAAAGGUUUCAGACUUAACCAAAGUUAUAAGAGAUUGGAAGAUGUUCAUCAAUCAGUACUCAAGAGAUCCUGUAGCAUAUAAUAUUAGUGAAUUCAAAUGGUCAGUUUAUGAUGCCUGUCGGAAGUCUUGGAAGCUGCCGCCACCCUCAAGUUAGUCUUGAUUCGGAGCAAAAUGGAAGUUUUUCUUUCUUUUAUUACUUCUGUCCUGAAUUUAUUGUCCAGUUUAGAUUUUUAUUUUUAGUACAAAAUGAAUAAAAAAUAAAAAUUCAACCAGGACAAUAUAUAAUUUUAGGACAUAGUAAGUAUAUAUAUAUAUAUAUAUAUAUAUAUAUAUAUAUAUAUAUAUAGAUUUUGGGGUCUUUGAAUUCAUGGGAAAAAAAAUGGGAAUGUAGUUGAAGGGAUCCCUUUUUUUGGGUAAAAAGAGGAAGCUAAGAUUUAUACUACCUUUUGGUGAUAGAUUGCAUGAAGAAUUGGGAGAUUUAGAAUGGACAAUUUACUGAAGUCAACAACACAAUAAAAUGGCACAAGUACCAAAUAUUGAUACAAAGAUAUAUUGUCAAAAUUUAGGAAGGAUGAAAAAAAAAAAUCACUCAAAGGAUUAUGUUCUAGGCGUGUUAAACACUUUCCUUAAGAUAAUAUUUGUCUCCACUAUACUUGCAAUCGAAUUGAGAGUGGCAACUUGUCCCUAGAAUAUGAAAAACAACUAGAGCUAACAAUUUGCAAGGUAUUGGUC